GCGUCAGAGGCGGGCGGAAGUGCGGGGGACGAUGCUGCUGGUACCGUCGGAGGAGCAGAAGGAGCACCUGGCCUUCCUGCCGCGGGUGGCCGGCGCGGUGGUGGCCGAGUUCGGCCGCAUCGCCGUGGAGUUCCUGCGGAAGGGCGCCAACCCCAAGGUCUACGACGGGGCCGCCAGAAAACUCAACGUGAGCAGUGACACGGUUCAGCAUGGGGUGGAAGGACUGACGUAUCUUCUCACUGAGAGUUCCAAGCUUAUGAUUUCUGAACUGGAUUUCCACGACUCCGUGCUGGUUUUGGGGUUCAGCGAAGAACUGAACAAGUUGUUGCUUCAGCUCUACCUGGACCACAGAAAAGAGAUCAGAAUCCUGUUGAAGGAGCUGGCGCCCGACCUCCCCAGUUACCACAACCUCGAGUGGAGGCUAGAUGUCCAGCUGGCGAGCAGAAGUCUGAGGCAGCAGAUCAAACCGGCGGUGACGGUGAAGCUUCACCUCAGCCAGGAUGGGGACCAGAGGACCCAAGUGCUGCAGACAGACCCGGCCACGCUGCUCCACUUGAUUCAGCAACUGGAACGGGCACUGGGGGAGAUGAAGACCAACCACUGCCGGAGAAUCGUCCGCCACAUCAAAUGACAUUUUAGCGAGGUCUGCGGGCCCCCCGCCCCGAUCGUUGACGAAGGGGGCUUAGCCAGCUAGCGAUGUUCGGUGCCCCCGAUCGCCAGGUCGAGCGAGGUUCCUCUCGGCGUGAGCCUCCUAGCUCUCCGAUCGACGUCGUAGGACCUGACGUGUGUUUUGAGUGUGGACCGCCUAACGAGCCGUUGCCUAAAAGCGGUCGAGAGUUGUCCGUCUGACGAGCCGUUGCCUAAAAACGGUCGAGAGUUGUUCGUCUGUUCCGUGUAUGUUUAUCGCUGCCUCUUGGUACAGCAGGCACACCUUUAACUUGUUAAUUGACCACGUUCUCUUUUGCUUUUCCUUCUGAGCUGAUGUAUCAAAUAUGGAAAUAAAAAGUCACAUUGACAGUAAUUCAGAUCAAGUUAA